AUGGAGAGGUACAAAAUUAUCAAGGAAGUUGGUGAUGGAACAUUUGGGAGUGUCUGGAGAGCAAUUAGUAAGCAAGCUGGCGAAGUUGUUGCGAUCAAGAAAAUGAAAAAGAAAUAUUACUCUUGGGAAGAGUGUGUAAAUCUCAGAGAAGUCAAGUCUUUACGAAAAAUGAACCACCCAAAUAUUGUGAAACUGAAGGAAGUUAUUCGAGAAAGUGACAUUCUGUACUUUGUUUUUGAGUACAUGGAAUGCAACCUAUAUCAACUUAUGAAAGACAGGGAAAAAUUGUUUUCUGAAAGUGAAAUUAGAAACUGGUGUUUUCAAGUUUUCCAAGGUCUGGCUUACAUGCAUCAGCGUGGUUACUUCCACCGCGACCUUAAACCUGAAAAUUUGCUGGUUUCUAACGAUAUUAUCAAAAUUGCUGAUUUUGGCCUAGCCCGAGAGAUCAAUUCACAACCACCCUACACUGAGUAUGUCUCCACACGAUGGUAUCGUGCUCCUGAAGUGCUGCUUCAGUCUUAUAUCUAUAAUGCCAAAGUUGACAUGUGGGCAAUGGGUGCUAUAAUGGCUGAGCUGUUCUCUCUACGACCUCUUUUUCCAGGAGCCAGUGAGGCAGAUGAGAUCUACAAAAUAUGUGGUGUGAUAGGCAGUCCAACCACUGAAUCAUGGGCAGUUGGACUCAAACUUGCGAGAGAUAUUAAUUAUCAGUUUCCACAGCUUGCUGGCGUAAACCUUUCUGCAUUGAUCCCAUCUGCAAGUGAUCACGCAAUCAGCCUUAUCCAAUCACUUUGCUCUUGGGAUCCCUGCAAGAGGCCAACAGCUUUAGAGGCCCUUCAACAUCCUUUCUUCCAGAGUUGCUUUUACAUUCCUCCAUCCCUUCGCUCCAGAGCAAUAGCGAGAACCCCUCCACCUGGAACUAGGGGAUCACUGGAUCAGCAAGGGGUCAAGAGAUAUCCGGGUGCUUUACCCAACUCAAAGCUCACCAAUUAUUUUCCAUCUCCAAAGUUACAGCCUUCUUCAGGUGUGCAACGGAAGUUGGAUAUGGUAAAUCAGGAUGACAUUAAGAAUGAUAAAUCAAUGAAGACUACUACACAAUUGAAGUAUCGACAACCAGGAAAGGACAGUCAAACUUCUAUAAACAAAGGAAGAUCUACACGUGGUGCUUUAGAAACAGCUGAGAGGUUGGCCAAUAUGUCUAUUGGCACUCGAAGACAGUCCAUAGAGCAACCCCGUGCUCCUCCCAUGAAGGCUGGAGUCAAUUGGAGUUCUGAAUCUCCUAACUUCAUGCUCAGACCUGCACCACAGAUCUCGACUGGGAGAACAUACCCUAGAAAAGUUGCUGGAUGA